AUGCCUGCAGGACGACCACCAAGUGAUUACUGUUCAUUCCCAAACAAUUCGAAGGCGCUUCAACAAUGGGGUAUCUCACGUACGAAUUACGAAUCCGAACUAGAGGAUAAGAUCAAGGAACUGUAUUUCAAACAGGCUUUGCGUGACCAUGAAAUCAUACAUGCACUAGAAACGAAUGGUAUCAAAAUAUCCCAGUCCACCCUUAAAACAAUUCGGCUACGGAUUGGGCUUCGCCGUCGGGUUGUCAACGCAGAAGAUAUUCAAAAUACAAAUGAUCUUGUCAGGGCGGAAGUUCAGAAACAACUCAACAGUGGGCGUAUUGAAGGCUAUGGGCGAGGCCAUCUCUACCGAUUCUUUCGACUUAAAGGUUAUAAUAUAGCCCGCGACCGCCUAUAUAGUAUAGUUCGGGAACUCGAUCCGGAUGGGUUCAAGCAUCGAAAAAAUAAUGGCUGCCGGCGACGAGAGGAGGAUAAAGUUCCUGGCCCAAAUUAUAUCUGGCUGCUUCAGGAAACAAAAAUACAGCCUCGCUAUAUACGCCCUGAUAAAGGGGGCGAAACAGUUCUAGUUGCAGCUGCACAUUAUCUACUGCUAAAAGAGCAGUAUAAGAAUCUCCUUCUUCAAGACUGUUAUCUAUAUAGCACAAGCACAUCAGAUCAGCGAAUACAAGCUUGGUGGUCACGGCUUACAAAAAGCCUUCUCUUUAUUUUCCGGGAAUAUUUCCUGAAACUCAGCAAUGAUGGACAUUUCCAGAAAAACAGCCUUGCAGAUCGAAUUGCGAUAUUAGCAAUAUAUAUACCUAUGGCUCGUGAAGAGAUUGCUUCUUAUGUUAAAGUAUGGAAUACGCGUCAAAUCACAAAGCAGUCCCAUCGCAAUCAUAGUAUCAGCGGUCAAUCCAACGUUUUAUAUCAUCUACUAGAAGAUGGUAUCCCGGAUUAUGGAUCAAAGCCUGAUCAAGUGGUAUUGGAAACAUUGCUUGAUGAGCAUAAUUUUGAACUCGAUGAAUACCUGCCGCUAGAUACUUUGAAUUGGUGUCAACAAAAGUUGCAUUCACAGGGUUUUGAAAGGAUUAGGCUUGAAGGCCUUAAUGAAAAUGGAGAACGUACGCAUUUCAUUGCAUAUUUGUAUCUCCGGGAUCAAAUCAAUCUACAUAUCGCAACACAAUCAGAGCCCCAGCUCAGGGAGUGCGAGAAGCCAACCCAAGAGGAACUACAUUUGCAACAGGGUUUACAGAAGGUUGCUACUGAUUUAACAAAUCAACCAUGGUUCUUGGGGUAG